CCUCUUAUAAAGGAAACCGAAUCCUUUGGUCGCUGCUUCACACACUUACAUUAAUCCUCCCCCGUUUCAAUGGCGAAAUCACAGAUCUCGUCGUCGUCUUCCACGCCCUCGCGCUCGUCUUCCGUCGGGUUGCACCGGAUGGACGAGCUCGAGAAGGUCUUCGCCCGCUUCGAUGCCGACGGCGAUGGCAGAAUCUCCGCCUCCGAGCUCGCCGCCGUCCUCCGAGCCCUCGGAUCCGACCCUUCUCCUGAUGAGAUCCGCGACAUGAUCGCCGAGAUGGACGCCGACUGCGAUGGCUUCGUUGAUCUCCAGGAGUUCGCCGCCUUCCACCUCUGCGGCGUUGGCCGCGGUGGCGCGGAGGCGGAGCUUAAGGACGCGUUCCGGAUGUAUGAUCUCGACAGCGACGGGCUGAUCUCGGUGGACGAGCUCCUCCGGGUCAUGAGGAGCCUGGGGGAGAAGUGCACCCUGGAGGACUGUGCGCGGAUGAUCAGGUCGGUCGACUCGGACGGCGACGGCAGCGUCAGCUUCGAGGAGUUCAAAACUAUGAUGACCGGCGGUUGUGGCGGUCUCGGCAGCAGCGGGAGGAAGCCGGCCGCAGCAUAAGAACGUGUCGUUGAGAUUAAAUUGGUAAAAGUGUGCUGAUAAUAUGUCAACAAAGUUUUCCAAAAAGGCAUGAAAUCAUUACCGAAGACACGAAGGAAAACAAAGUAAAUGGUUUCGAGCCUUGGUUGUUCAACGAGGAGAAGCAAUGCGGCGAGGAUGCAGAACCGAGUAAGUGGCAGAGAAGAAGCAACUCGGGGUGCAGGUAGAGCAGAACCGCACUUGAGGUGAGAGUGAAGUGAGUGAGGCGUUGUUACCUUUUUUAUAUUAGUUGUCGUGCAUAUAAUCUCUUACUUUCUUUUCCUACUUCACACUUGAAACUUGAACUCCUCCUUUGGCACCCGCUCCAGAAAGCCUAAGCACUAAGGCUGCAAUGUGGUGAACAAAGCAUUUGCUGACACUACUAACAGAUGGUAUGUUCUGUUUAGCAAUUUCAGGUGAAUCCUCGUCCAUAAAAGCCAUUAUUGGCAACUCAAAUCAACACUAAAAUGCUGACUAUAGAAAUGCUUUCUUUUUGGCACAUUGUUCUGUUGUAAAUAGAAAUGCUUUCUUGGAUUCAACUAUUGUAGUAGUGAAGGUGAGGACUGAUUGAGAACUGAUGGUGGUGUUGGGUCCAGUCGGGCUUGGACAAUUGGGUCUUCAGAGCCCAAAUCAAUAAUUAAAAAGGAAGCACCGAAUGAGGGCAAUCAGUGCAGCGAACUAUGGCAAAAAAGAGAGAGAGGGUAGAGUGCGUGCGUGCAGAGAGAACGACGACAGCGCACAACGAGGAGAGAGAGAGAAAAGAGUAAAGAGAUAAAGAUUAGGAUCUUGAGUUUUCUACUUGAUAAUUAGUGAUCAAAUAUUGUCAAUUUUGAUCUAAAUUUUAUGCAGAUAAUUCUUGUAGUAAGCUCUAUAAUCCUAACGGUGUUGAUCUGCAGUUUACCCUCUCUGAGGUACUUUCUUGCUAUACCCACUUUGUGAGACAUAGAAUUCUCUUUUACUGAAAUUCAUCCUAUGU